ACAUCUCGAUGUCGGUGGCAGGACUCGUAUGCUUCUGACUUUUCGGACAUAUAGGACCUCCGUUUCUUUUUGUCUGCAAAGUGUUCUUCACCAAGCGGCGACCUUUUGCUUAGCCGUCUAAGCCUUUCUUUAAGACCUAAUCCUACUGCGGCUGGCAUCGACCACCCUGGAGUCUCGCUAAAGAGUCUUGCUGAUUUUAGUCGAAACUUCACAGUUUUCUCCCAUCUCUUUCGCAGUCGUGCUGCGGAUUAGUGCCCGUUUUCACCCCGCGCAGCGCACGUCGUCUCCCCCCGCGAAGGCCCCCUACCCGCCUGUCAGCUCGCCCGCUCCGUGCGCGCGAUCCUAUCCGAUUUGAUUCCGAGGCACGGUGGCGGGUAAGCCAGGCGCAGCAAGGCGGUCGCUCCGCGGGUCGCAUGUGGCAGCUGAGGCCGGCAGCAGCAGCUGCCACUGCUUCCCCUGCUGGUGCCUCGGCCACGGCACCACCUACUGCCGCGCUGCCACAAGCACAGUCACACCUAGUACACUCACGCCUAGUACACUCACAGGUCCGGCUAGGAGCGCCGCUGGUAGUCGAGGGGCGCGCGGCGGAGCACGGCAAGCGGUGUGGGCGUGGGGAAUAACGGCGCCGCAUGCGGUGGGGUGGUUGGCCGGGUGCUGCGAGCUAAUGGGGUGUUUCCAGUCCGUGCCCACCAAGCCGCCUCCCGGAUACGAGAACCCCGCCCUGCUCGCUCGGGAAACCGCGUUUUGCGAGAGCGAGGUGGAGUCGCUGUACGAGCUGUUCAAGCGCAUCAGCAGCUCGCUCAUCGACGACGGCCUCAUUCACAAGGAGGAGUUUCAGCUGGCCCUGUUUGACAACAGCGAGAGGGAGAACCUGUUCGCCGACAGGGUGUUUGAUCUAUUCGACGUGAAGCGCAACGGCGUGAUUGAGUUCGGCGAGUUUGUGCGCUCGCUCAGCGUCUUCCAUCCCCGCGCCCCCACACCCGAUAAAGUGGCCUUUGCCUUUCGCCUGUAUGACCUGCGGUGCACUGGAUUCAUCGAGAGAGAAGAGGUGAAGCAGAUGCUGGAGGCGCUGCUGUCGGAGUCCAGCUUCAACCUCUCAGACGACAUGCUCGAGCAGAUCCUCGACAAGACGUUUGAGGAGGCGGACAGGAACCACGACGGGAAGAUAGACCAGGAGGAGUGGCGGGUGCUGGUGGAGAAGCACCCCUCGCUGCUCAAGAACAUGACCCUGCCCUACCUCACCAACAUCGCCGCCUCUUUCCCCUCAUUUCUCUUCAACCACGAUGCCAACACUCCGACCACCUGAUGUGCUGCAACCACCUGAUGCAACUGCUCCCCUCAAGUAUAUGUACCUAGCCCCGGCAAGGAUCUGGAUACGAUACAUGAGUUCCAAGCUUCCACCAUACGCCGCCUGCACCGUGCUCUGCCUGCACCACCACGCAGUGCUGCCGCCGCUCCGUUCGGCUCACCGCUCUGUUCCCUAUUUCACUCCCUCCACUACUGGGGGGGGGGGGGGGGGAAUACGGCACGGUGCCUACGAUCCGCUCACCAUCCAUAUGUUUCCCUUUCUGUGUCACCUCGCCGCGAAACACUCAUCUGCUUUCCUCUCAUUUCUUGGCAUCGGCCAGCAUGGCUCAUCAUUUGGUGGCUGGCACUUUCUGCCUAUGUGGGGUUAUGAUUGACAAAUGGCAUCCGCCACAUGGCAUGCACUCUAAGUUUAACCCCCGAGACAUUGGUAGGUAGGAAGGAAGUACUCUGUUUCUUUCUGCUCCUAUUCCUUGUGUCAUCUUGUUUAUGCAUUAGCAAUUAACUCCAUGGUAUAGUAUUUGUUGGGCUGAGAAAAGCCCUUAGGAUCUUUUGCAGAGACUAAGUCCCAGCUGUAGAGACUUGAGACUUGGAGUAGUG